AUGAAGGGAGACAAGUACAUCGAUCUGGUCAUCCCCCGCGGCUCCAAUGAGCUGGUCCGCUCCAUCAAGGAUGCCUCUCGAAUCCCCGUGAUGGGCCACGCGGACGGGAUUUGCGCCGUCUACGUUGAUGCGAAAGCGGAUUUGGACAAGGCGGUGAAGAUCGUGGUGGAUUCCAAGACUCACUACUGUGCUGCUUGCAACUCCAUGGAGACCCUGCUGGUGCACCAAGAGGUGGUGAAGGAGUUUCUGCCCAAGCUGGCCAAGGCUUUUGAGGCCAAGGAGGAUGUCAGAUAUAAGGCGGACCCACUGUGCCUCUCGUUGCUGCCCAAAGAGGUUACGGAAGCGGCAGAGGAGGAAGACUUCCACACGGAGUUUCUCUGCCACACCAUGGCAGUCAAGGCUGUCCCUUCAGUUGACGAGGCUAUCGAGCACAUCAACGGUCACAGCUCCGGGCACACGGAGAGCAUCGUUACAGAGGAUUCAGCGGCGGCAGAGCUCUUCAUGAGCCGCAUUGACUCCGCCGGCGUCUACCACAACUGCUCCACCAGAUUUGCUGAUGGCUUCCGCUAUGGCUUCGGAGCAGAAGUCGGCAUCUCCACCAACAGGAUCCACGCCAGAGGGCCUGUGGGCCUUGAGGGUCUGGUGAUUCACAAGUAUCGUCUCUAUGGCAACGGCCAUACCGCUGCUGGCUUCGCAGGCGAGAAACCUGAGCACCAAUUUUUGCACAAGCGCAUUCAGGGAGUGGCAAGUGUUGCGGACAUCCCGCAGGCAAAGGUCGCCAGGCGGUGA